CCUCCACCAUCCAACGAUAUCAUCCCUCCUAUGUGUUGCGUUCUCCGAGGAGAGGCGGCUUCUUCCACAGUCCAGGCAUUACUGCCAAACUCGAAACAGCUGAGUUCCACGCUCAACGUGUGCAUGUGAUUAUUCCGAUGCCAAUGGUUUGAAGGAUCGAUUCAAACAUGACCAAAUUGGAGGUGUCUAGGUAGCAUUGGAAUCAAUUGGGUCCAUAGUGAUCCACUUUUUUUCAUUAGCACCACCCAAGCUAGACAAGAAUCAAACAUAUAAAAAAGUCAGAAUGAGCCGUGCUGGGAUCAUGGCGAGACGGCGUUGUGUGGAAUAUGUGGGCUUCGUCAUCAUCAUUCAACUGAUACUCACAGUGGGAUCCCUGUGGUUCUUCAGGGAAAAGCCGCACAACACGGUCGAUCCGGAGUCGAGACUGUUGCUUAGUAUGGAAUAUCUGAACCGAAAUGCAGACCUUGUCAAGUCAGCCUCAAACAAAUACUCCAAUAAUGUAGAGAUCCCGGAGGCAUUCAGUAGCAAAGUGUCAUACUCCGUUUCCCGAAGUGUCAGUUCUUCCAGCUCGAAACCUUCCAAUGUGGUGCUGGAUCUCUCUGGUCUCUCCAUGAGUGCCAAUGAAUCCGAAUUUGCGAUCGAUUUCGAUGAAGAGCGGACCUUCUUGGAUCGAUAUCGGAUGUUUAAGACGAGCUUGUUCACGGUGACUGGCACCAAAUGGAACGAGCUCUCACGAUCCCGAAAAGUGUGCCUGGGGGCUCAGACUUCGAUAGAUCGAGCGUCUUGGUUGAUUGAAAUAGUUAAAAAUUGGAGUGGGCCUGUGAGCAUUGCCCUCUUCACACCUGAUGUGGAGUUUCAUAUCAGUAAGAUCUAUAUCAAAUACAUGCAGCGAUGCUUCCCCAAGAUCAAGGAACAGGUCAGCUUCCAUUUCUUGUUCCCGGUGGACCAUCCCGUCAAAGACUCACCUUCUCUCAACGAGAUCGUCGGUGAGAUGUCUUGCGAUGAUCCCAAGAAAGUCCUGGACUUCUUGGUCAAGACCAGAUCCAAGGAAAUGUUGGCUUGGCGCGAACCCAUGGAAUACCCUCAGAAUCUCCUGCGCAACACCGCCAAACAGGGUUGCCAGACGCAAUUUACGUUCAUUCCAGAUAUUGAUAUGAUUCCCAAUGCCGGAUUGGAUCUGGAUUUGCAAGAGUUCCUAUCAGGUCCGGAGGCUCAAGAGUGUGAAAAAUGCGCCUAUGUGGUGCCAACCUACGAGAUUUCAACUACGUCCACACAUAUGCCAGCCAAUAAAACCGAGCUGCUGGGCUUCUUAAAACAGAAGAAGGCUCGAAUAUUCCAUGAAGCUGUAUACAAGCUGAAUUCAAAGUCAUCUGAUCUCAAAAAGUGGCAAGCCAUCCCCAUGAAGCCCAAAUUAGACGUGGCUUACAUGGUUAACAAUUACAUCUUUAAGUAUGAACCUUUGUACGUGGCCAAAGGCAACACUCCUCCUUUCGACGAACGAUUUAUUGGCUUUGGAAUGACGAGGAACACUCAGGCCUAUGAAAUGUAUGUGUCAGGGUAUGAGUUCUUCGUCCUUAAUAACGCCUUCACAAAUCAUUGGGGCUUCCAAAGCAUCAAAACACGCCCAAAAUACAGAGCCCUCCAACAAAUGAAGAACAAUCAUCUUUUCGAUGAUUUCGCCAAAGAGAUUACGGCUCGGUACGGCAGAGAUCCGUACAAAAUGAUGUCCAAGCUGAAAUCUCUGAACCUUAAGAAUUCUGUGGUCUCUUAUGAAAAGGGAAAGGUUCCUCCUAAACUCAAACCAAGCCCAAAACCUAAGCCCGCCAAAGAGUUCUUCCAAUCAUCUUUGGCAUCUUCAUCCUCCUCGUCUUCGACAACCUCAACAACUCAACGCUUGAACAAGUCUUCGACAACCACAACUACUUCCUCAGAAACAAAUCCAGACACAACUAUAUUAGAUCACUCGUGAAUCUUGUCAUACGUUCAGAUAAAAUCUUU